UAAAUUUUUGUGUUGGUACAAGAUGGAAGAAAAUAUGAAGGAGUUGGGAGUGAGAUUCAAUUGCAUUUCUCUGAAACCAAAAUCUCGGCCGAUUUGUGCUGGAAAUAGUUUCAGAAGGUCUGUGAGGUCCUCCUUCUGUCAAAACUCUGCAGGGGAAAAAUCGCAUUAUGCUCCGUGUUCAAAUAAUUAUGUUGAUGAGGAAGACACGUGUAGAUGUUCGUCUGAUGAAGAAAACCCAGUGAACAGCGCGUGCGAUGAUAAUUUCGAUGAAAUUGCAGAGAAAAAUGAAAAUUACAUGGAUAUUGGACAGAGAGAUGAGGCACCCGAGAAACUGCUGAGAAACCAAUAUAAAAGUUCUCACUCUCCUGGCGAGUCUGAGCAUCGUCGUUAUCAUACGCAACGACGAAGAAAUUCAAGACGCGAGUGUGCAAAUAAACAUCGGAGAAAUACCCUCAGGGCGCAACUCUCGCAUCUACUGAGAAAGAUAAAACCAACUCCAGAAAAUUGUGUGCCUGAUAGUACGGAGACCAGACCGGAACCAGAAAUCCUAGCGGAAGUCCUUCUUAUGUCCGAACUUGAAGGCGCUGAUCUCAGCUCGCUGAGCCCAGGCAAUAUAUUUAACAAAGUUUUUGCAGAGUCCUGUGAUUUUACAUCCGCUGUAGAUUGUACAGAUUCCUCCAAUCCUAUACACAACUCUGAGGAUAAAAGAAGCCACAACAAAACCGGAGAGACUAUCUCACUAAUAGAAUCCAACGGCGAGGAAAAUAUCGACGCGGCUGUAGAUGAUACGUUGAGCUACGCCAAUGAAGAAUACGAUGGCUCAACGCAAUAUAAAAGUCUCCCUCCUACAAAUAAAUUUCCAAGAAAUUCCCAACCCUUGGGCUAUACAACUCGUGUGGAAAUAUCCUCGGGGAAUUUGAAUGUGAGACAAAAAAAUCACCGGCUGCCUGGUGAAUUCGAAUUCACUACUAGAGUACAAAUAAAUGGCACUGCUAAACCUCUAUGGUUUCCUGGAUAUGUCCUCAUAAGCUCCAUACAACCAAAUUACCUCCAGAUAACUCCAAAUCCGGAAGCUGCAUUGUCUGAAAUUUGGAGGCUCUGCAGACCCCACAAUAUUCUACCAGCAUCAAAACUCAUUCUCGAAUAAAUAAUACCCUGACAUUUUUCAAAAUAAAUAUGAAUAUCACAGUAUAAUUAGACGUUCGUAUACAAACAAAUCUUCGAACAUUGAGCGGUAAUAAAAAUACCAUCAAUGAAGAAUAAAAUUUCUAAUUUAAACAAGUUGAUAUCAUCCCAAUUCAAUGACUGCAAUAUCUGACCUAAAGACCUCAACUCAACGUGAAAACAUUUCACUUUCAUUUAACAAUAUUUUCGACUUUGUAUCACAGCUAUUUUCCCAGAAUAAAUCAAGUAAGAAAAUCCUUAUCUCAAACCGACAAUAUUUUUCCAUAAAUAAAAAUUUCUCUCUGUCAAGAAAACUCACACGAAACAAACCAUUGCUCUGGUAAUAGUGUGAGGGGCCAGAGCUUCACUAAUCGAUGUACGUGCCUCGUCUACCACCACAGAAAAUUCUCCAAGAAGCAAAACUCAGGAGAGAGUUAUCGAGCACCUCCAUUCGGAUACCCCUCGAGUCACGUAGCAUGACCCAAAAACGUGACUAACCCUUAUUCUUACGCCGAAAUGGGAAGUAUUAAGGGAAAAAAAUAUCACUAGGAACAGGCUUCUCAAUGGAGAAGCAAAUGAAAGAGAAUAAUCCAUUGGCGGAAGAAUGUUGGAAUGUUUUGGGGAUCUGCAUUGACCCACAUGAGAUAUGACAAGAUGUCAAUUAAAGACAUGCAAAUAUAAAAAAAAUUCAACAUCCACAUUCAGCGCAUUUUACAACAACGUUGAAUUGUCAUCCUUCCAUUGAGAAGCAAAAAUCUUUUAAAAGUUGGAGUGAAAAAUAACAUUGACAACAAACAUUAAAAACAUGGAAAGGUAUAAAUGAAAACUUUGUGAUCGAUAUAGGCAUUAUCGUCUAUCUCAUACAUUCGUGAUAAAUUUUAUAGAGUUUGCUUAUUCAACUUUAAAACCCCAUAAAAUAGAAUGAAAAAUACAAAAUACCCCCGUACAUUCCAACUUUCACCGGAAGUAUCGUCUAGAUGAUAACAACUCAGGGAUAAGAGAGAAUCUACAAUGAUUGUGAUCGGAAAUGACACAAAGGCGAUAGGAAAGAGAGAGAUGGAUAAAGAGAGGAAUUGAUCAACGGAAGGAAGCAGGAAGUCACUGGGGAAUCAGUAUACCCUUUGGCAUUGUUUGAAAUCUGCGAAUAGGAUACAAGCCGAUGAAGUAGGGCAACUGAAAAAAAAAAAAUACAUGAGGAAAGCCAUAGGGAGAGAAUAGAAGAUAUGGGCAACUAGAGAGGGGAAUGGAAACAUCCACUAGUCCUCCAACUGACAAAUGGUUGUUUACAAUGGAUUCGCUGGGAGCUUUUGCCUGCAAUUGUAUUCCAACUGGUAUAAGGGGGUGUAAAUUUCUCUGUCUUCACGAGACUGCUGAAUUUUGCAUUGUUCAUUUCAUAUCGCAACAACGGGGGACUAAGGACGAGUUAUGAAAAGGAGUACGAACAGAACAGGAGAUAUGCAUCUUGGUAUUACGGAGUUGCGAUACGAUGGAGAGUUAUUGGGAGAGUCAAGACACUAGUUUUAAAUUAUUUAUUGAGAAUAACAGGGGAGAUAUUGUAAAGGAUCAGUGAUAUAAGUCGUUCCCUCCAUCGAGAACAUUUUUCGUGAUUUUCAAGAGAACGGGGUCCUUGGGCCCAAUAACAUAAAAUAAUAUACGUCACGUGACGAUAAAUGUAUGAUGUACACACGCGACAGCUAAUACUUUUAUCGCUUCAUGCCAUAAAUUACUAAUUCUGUUAAUAAAAUGUAGACAAAUAUUUAUCGGUUAUGAAUUUAAUAAAUUUGGUCAACCCUUACAAUCUCUAAUGAAGAUGUAAAUUUCCCGUUUCGUGAGUGUUUGGAAAGUGGUAAUUCAAUUACCUCAAUUAGAUGAAUUUUUAUGAAUUUCAAAAUCUGUAAAUAAAAGGACUUGAGUACUUCAGAACCAAAAAUUCUCUUGAUCUUCGCUUGUUGUCAUUGAAGAAGAGUUA